GUGUAAGUAUGGGAGGAGUUUAGAGUCCAGAGAUUCGGAAAUGUUUAGGGUUUUGUCGGGUAUUUGGUGGUUGGGGUGAGAUAUUAUGAGAACUUUUAGAAUGAACAACAUAUUCUCCUUCGAUGCGAGGAAAUUUGAGAGAGUGAUGACUAAGAAAUUUGAAGAUGAAGAAGAAGCAGCAGCAAAUAGUAGACGGAGAAAGAAAAAUAAAAUCCCUAACUAAGGUUUACAGGAAGCUAAAGGACAACUGAAAUAAGUUUCUUAGAGUCAAAAAGAAGUCUUCACUCAAACGAUCAAGUACUCGUAAAAGCCUUUUUCAGAAAAUAUUAUCCAGAAUUAAUGAAAAGAAGAAGUUCAGGCAAAAAGUAGAAUUAAUCACCAAAUUGUAUUUAGAUAACCUCCAUAGCAUCUUUUAUGAUCCCUUGGACAGCAAGACUGACAGUGGAGAUGAAGAAGGUGAUCCUAUUAAGAUCAAGAGAAUCAAUAUUGAUAGGUUUUACAAUGAGAAAGCACAUAGAAGGCUUCGAACUAAAGUUGAUAAAAUCAAAGGCAAAAGUCUUAUUGGUAAUACCAAGGGCGUUGAUGUAAAAUAACAUCAUUAGUAAAUUUGUAAAAGAAAAAUUCCCUAAAUAAGAGAAGAGAAGACUUAAAGUUUGUUGAAUGGAGGAUAAAAUUUCGCAAGCAAGAAAAAGAGCUAAAUGCUCACAGAUUUUCAAAAAGAAAGCAGACAAUUGAACCAUCAAACCCCCAAGCUAAAAAUUUAAAAGAUGAUUGUUAUACCAUGAAUAACUUUAAAAGUAUUCUCUCUGAAGUCAAUUCUCCACCUAGAAAUAUCAAUUUUCUGGCUAAAUAAUUACAUUGCUCCUAGUUGCAUGCACAAUAGUAAGCAGCUAGAUUCUCAACAACAGAAGAAAAAUCAAGAAUUUGAGAAGGCUAAAGAAUUACUACAACAAGAAGAACGAUAUUUUAGUAGUUAUCAUAGAGAACUUGAGGAGGAAAGAAAUAGUAGAGUCCAGUCCCCUUUCCAUCUUGUUUCAAGCUCUCCGAAGGGUAUUGAGAUCCUAUCAAAUCCUCUCAAAUCAAAUACCUCUGAUAGAUUCGGUUCAAAAGACCGUCUCCAGGAUUUAUUUUACACAGCGAGUAGACCUCAACAGAUUGGAAGGAAUAUCUUCUCUGCAGGUGCUUGUAAUAGAAGAAGGAGGAAAAUUCAUACUCGAAACACUAGUACAGCUGUUACCAGAUGCCGUAAGAAAGUACCUAAGACACGGUUCACCUUCAUGUCUUUAUAACCCCAUUGGUUCAAUAAAAUUUCAAUUUUUAAA